AUGGUUUCAAGAAAUUACAGGCCAAGUAUGGAAAAGUCUAGUAUUGAUUUGAAUCGUGAAACAUCAUCAACAUCUGUCUCUGAAACCCAACCUGAACAUGGUGUUGAAGGAUUGAAAAAUGUAGUUCUACACAAUGAAGAUGAAUCAAGGCAUAAAGGUAAAGUCAAAUGGAGCAAGGAAGCCAAUAUACUUCUGAUAAGUGGAUGGCUUAAUACAUCUAAGGAUGUCAUUGUGGGGAAUGACCAAACUUCUACACAUUUUUGGGCUCGGAUCGCAGAAUACUACAACACCAACCAAAAAGGCGAGCAAGCAAGAACUGGAAGUGGUUGGUCUGAUGAGCAAAUUCUUGAUAAUGCACAUCAAUUGUACAAAUAUGAAAAUAGCAACUCAAAUUUUCUGCUUGUGAAUUGUUGGAGAUUGCUAAAGGAUGAGCCGAAAUGGAAUACAAUGUACCAACCAAAAUGUGGUAAGAGAACAAAGGUGUCAGAAUCAGGGACAUUUACUUCUUCUUCCAAUGCAAACAGCAGUGAUGAUGAAGUAUGUGAAGUGCGCCCUACUAGCCAAAAGGCAGCACAGAGAAAAGGGAAGGAAAAAAAAAGACACACAUACUAG